GAGAAUGGAGAUAAGGGUGUUGUUGCUACAAAACCAACCUGUCCCCGUGGCCCUCAGCUCCUACACCGUCGGGCUGGGCCUGCACAGUCUUGACGACGACCAAGAACCAGGCGCCUGCAUGAUGGAGACCAGCCUCUCCAUACAGCACCCAGACUACAACAAACCCUUUUACGCCAACGACCUCAUGCUCAUCAAGUUGAAAGAAUCGGUGUCGCCGUCUGCCACCAUCCGGAACAUCAGCAUCGCCUCCCAGUGCCCCACUGCUGGAGAUUCUUGCCUCGUCUCCGGCUGGGGGCAGCUGAAGAAUGGCAGGCAGCCCAACGUGCUCCAGUGUGUGAAUAUCUCAGUGGUGUCUGAGGAGAGCUGCAGUGCCCUCUAUGACUUCAUAUAUCACCCCAGCAUGUUCUGCGCUGGCGGAGGACACGACCAGAAGGACUCCUGCAAAGGUGACUCUGGGGGCCCCGUGGUCUGCAACGGGUACCUGCAGGGCCUCGUGUCUUUUGGACAUGCCCAGUGUGGCCAACCCUACAUUCCAAGCGUCUACACCAACCUCUGCAAGUUCACUGAGUGGAUACAGAAAACCAUCCAGGCCAGUUAACUCCCGGGACUGGGACCUGUGAAAUGGAACCC